AUGGAAAAAAUUAACGUCCUUGUCGUGGGAAACGGAGGUCGUGAACAUGCUCUGGUGUGGAAGCUGGCCCAAUCGCCAUGGGCCAAGCACAUAUUUGUCGCUCCUGGAAACGGUGGCUUUUCGAAGCUUGAUAAUGUCACCUCUGUCCCUAUCGGAUCCUCCCCUUCUGACUUUGGUUCAUUGGUUGACUUUGCCACCAAGCACAACGUUGGCCUUGUCAUACCUGGCCCAGAGCAGCCACUGGUUGAUGGCAUCACUACGUGGUUUCAGAAAGCUGGUAUUCCAGUUUUUGGCCCUAGUGCAAAAGCUGCCAGAAUGGAAGGAUCCAAGACCUUUUCUAAAGAUUUUAUGAAAAAACACAACAUUCCUACUGCCAGAUAUGAGAACUUCACCGAUUAUGAGGCUGCCAAACAGUAUAUCGCCAAUUCCAGCCAUAACUUAGUUAUCAAAGCUUCAGGAAUCGCUGCUGGGAAAGGUGUUUUGAUCCCAGCCAACAAACAGGAAGCUUACGAAGCAAUUAAAGAAAUCAUGGUAAACAGACAAUUUGGCUCUGCCGGUGACGAAGUUGUCAUCGAGGAAUUCCUUGAGGGAGACGAGCUAUCCAUUCUAUGUAUCAGCGAUGGGUACUCCUUUGUUGAUCUUCCUCCUGCUCAAGAUCACAAACGUAUUGGCGAUGGAGACACUGGCCUGAAUACCGGAGGAAUGGGUGCUUACUCGCCUGCCCCUAUUGGCACCCCAUCGCUGCUGGAGAAGAUCAGAAAGAAUAUUUUGAAACCAACAAUCGACGGAAUGAGAAAAGACGGCUACCCAAUGGUCGGAUGUUUGUUCGUUGGUAUCAUGGUGACUCCUGAUGGUGAUCCAAAAGUUCUUGAAUACAAUGUGCGGUUUGGGGAUCCGGAGACCCAGACUGUGCUGCCGUUACUAAAAUCUGACCUUCUAGAACUGAUGUUGGCCACUGUUGAACAUCGUCUUGAUAGUGUCGACUUCCAGGUCCACGCUGACAAGUACAGUACCACAGUUGUUGUUGCUGCUGGUGGAUAUCCCGAGUCUUAUAGGAAGGGAGACGAGAUCACCGUUAAGGAGCCGUUGCCAGAAAACACGUUUAUCUUCCAUGCUGGUACUAAAGAAGAGAACGGCAAAAUUGUCACUGCAGGUGGCCGUGUAAUUGCUGCGACUGCCAUCGCCGACACUUUGGAAGAAGCUGUCAAGAAGGCCUACGUUGGUGUCGACCAUAUCUCGUUCAAGGACAAAUACAACAGAACUGACAUUGCUCAUCGUGCGUUCAGGGAAAAGCCAAAAAACAAAGUUUCGAUUACCUACGAGGAUGCUGGUGUUUCUGUUGAUGCUGGAAACCAAUUGGUGGAGAAAAUUAAAAAGAGCGUCAAAUCCACCAAGAGACCUGGUGCGGACUCGGAGAUUGGCGGGUUUGGAGGUCUAUUCGAUCUGCAGAGAGCAGGAUACACGGACAUCAACAACACGCUUCUUGUGGCGGCUACAGACGGUGUUGGAACGAAGCUUAGAGUUGCCCAGAUCAUGGAUAUUCAUAACACCGUUGGUAUCGACCUCGUGGCGAUGAAUGUCAACGACUUGGUUGUUCAGGGUGCUGAACCACUGAUGUUCUUGGACUACUUUGCAACUGCUCAUUUGGAUAUCAAAGUUGCGGCCGAUUUUGUGGAAGGAGUCGCUAAUGGUUGCAAAUUAUCGGGCUGUGCCCUUGUUGGCGGCGAGACCAGUGAGAUGCCUGGAAUGUACGCACCUGGUCAUUACGACACCAACGGAACUGCCGUCGGAGCAGUUCUCAAAGAGGAUAUAUUGCCCAAGAAGGAUAAGAUGAACGCCGGUGACGUUCUUCUUGGAAUUGCCUCAGACGGUGUGCACUCAAACGGGUUUUCGCUGAUCAGAAAGAUCAUUGAGACUACCGACUACAAAUACACAGACCCUGCACCAUGGAACCCGAAGUCGACGAUCGGCGAGGAAGUUUUGAUCCCAACCAGAAUUUACGUCAAGCAACUGCUUCCUGCUACCAGAAGGGGCCUGAUUCUUGGACUUGCUCAUAUAACUGGAGGAGGACUUGUUGAGAAUAUUCCAAGAGCAAUCCCUGAAGAUUUGAGUGCAGAGGUUGACAUGUCUACUUGGAACGUUCCUGAGAUUUUCAAGUGGCUGGGAAAGACCGGAGGAGUGCCAAUUAACGAUAUAUUGAAGACUCUGAACAUGGGUAUUGGUAUGGUGGCCAUUGUGAAGCCAGAGAAUGUGGAAGAGGUCACCAAGGUCCUUAAGGAGGCUGGAGAGACCGUCUACACCAUUGGAAAGCUUGUUGAGCGCAAAGAUUUGCCUGGAUGCACUAUUAAAAAUAGUGAAGACUUGUAUUAG